GUCGUUGCUGCGCUGAGUUGAGGAAGCCGCUUGUGGUAACUAAGGCCGACAAACAUGGCGGCGGAGGGAGAGCAGCGUGCAGCCAGUGAGGUCUCUCAGGCCCUGGCCCGGAAUCUGAACUGCCUGAACGAUGACAACAAGAGCACCCGGAGGAGAGCCCUGGCCGCCAUCCAGAAGGAGGUGGAAGAUAAGCGGCUGUCCAGCGGGGCUCUGCAGGAGGUGUUCGGGGAGCUGCUGAGACCUCUGCUCCGGUCCUUGGCGGACCCCAUGGAGAAGUGCCGGGAGGUGUCCAUCCAGAUCCUCACCUAUUGUGUCACCAAUGUGCCCAGACCUGAGGAGUCCCUUCCCUACCUCAUCCCGACCAUCACCCAACGCCUGGGCCACCAGGAGAUCACAGAGCCCUCUGAGGAGCUCCGCCUGGGCCUCAGCCAGCUCCUCACCCUGCUGGUGGAGGUGUGUGGGAGGAAACUGGGCCCCUACCUGGAGGAGAUGGUGAGGAUAUUACAGAGGACCAUCGUAGAUCCAUUCCCAGAGGUCAAGAAGGAGAGCUGCAGGUGUGCCGCCAACUACGCCAGGAUCAUACCGGAGCAUUUUCACAUGCAGUCGGAAUCGCUCAUAAAACCUCUUAUGCAGACAAUAUCGCAUCAGCAUUCUAAAGUGCGUAUAGCGGCCAUCCAGACAACAGGGGCUGUGAUACAGCAUGGCAACGGGAAGUCGGUGGAUGAUGCUCUUUCUCAUUUGGCACAGAGACUUUUUGAUGAUUCGCCACAGGUUCGGCAAGCAGUAACUGUUGUUGUCGGGAAUUGGCUUCUGGAGCUCAGAGACAGAUAUUCAUACUUUCACAAACUGAUGCCUCUUCUACUGAGCAGCUGCAGUGAUGAGAAUCCUGAUGUCAGGCAGAUUGCUCUUGAUUAUUGGAAGAAAGUUGGCUUUCAGUGGGAAAGCGAGAAUGAAGAUGAUCUAAAAGAUAAGAAGGACUUUGGUGACCCCUGCCCUUCAUUCUAUCCUGCAGGAGUGGAAAGACCUGGGCUGGGUUGCCGUGAGCUCAUCUUCAGAAACCUGUCUAAGAUUCUUCCAGCUGUCAGUCAUGAUAUAACUGACUGGGUUGCAGGAACUCGAAUUAAAGCAUCUCAGCUACUAGUGAUCUUGUUGAUGCAUGCAGAAGAUCAUACCACUCAGCACAUGGAGCUGCUCCUCAGUACCCUGUACCGAUCGUGUCUGGAUGAGGAAGAGAAAGUAGUGCACAAUAGUAUUAAAGCGGCAGAGUUGAUUGGAACCUUUGUGAACCCUGAAGUGUUUCUCAAGCUGAUCAUGCCAGCACUGCAGAAGUCUCCCCUAGCUUCCCACCUAAUGGUUCUGGCAGCAUUCAUCCGAGGGAGUUCCAGAGAGGUGCUGAAGCCCCAUUUACAUCGUAUUGCUGAUGGCAUCUCCCAGACUGAGAUCUGUCAGAGCUCAGAAAAGGUGCUGUACCUGGAGCAGUUGCUGUGCUGCCUGCAGUCCUUGAUUAGCAUAUGCCAGCAGUACUGUACAGACAUCAGCCUGCAUUGUAUGAAAGUACUGAUAACGAUAUUGGCUAGCUCGGCUUCUGAAAACCUCUAUGGAAAGGUUCAAGGUGUGAUGUUGUCACUGGCUCAAAUACAGGGAUUGAAUGAUCACCUGGACCUGUACAGACAGCACAUGCAAGAGCUAAUGCAGUGGGCAUCACAAAGUCAUGACCAAUGGACCAAUUUUUCCCCCGAGAGGGCCCAGUAUGAAGUUCUUGUACCAGAGUCUGGCCCUGUCAUUGGAGAGCAUCUAGAUCAGUUAAUGCCGGUUUUGAAGACCUGCCUUCAAACAACCAAAGAUCCUCAAAUGCGUCUGAAAGUGUUCACCAUGUUGUCAAAGCUUCUUCUAAAACCCAGCGAAACUGUCAACUCCAAGGGGCAGUUCCAUGAGCACUCAGGAACCCUCAUAAAGGACAUUUUAGUUCCCAACCUGAAAUGGCAAGCUGGGAGGACAGCGGCAGCCAUCCGGACCAUAGCAGUGUCUUGCCUCUGGGUCCUCUUUCAGAGUGAAGUUCUUUCCCCGCAAGAGAUUCUCCAGAUCCAGGACAUUCUGAUGCCCACCAUACUCACAACUCUAGAAGAAGACUCAAAGAUGAGCCGCUUGAUGUCCUGUCGUAUUAUCCGGGCUCUACUAGGGGCCUGUGAAAACCAUUUAGAUCCAGACCAACUGAACAAGAUCUACCUUGAGGUAUUAAAACGACUUGAUGAUGCUUCAGACGAAGUCCGAAUCACAGCUGCCAAAACAAUAAGUCUGUGGUUUAAAUGUAUUGAUGACCGGUAUGACAGGACCACCUAUAAGGCUCAUCUGGAAUUCUUAUUCCGAGGUCUCCUUGUGCACCUUGAUGACCCCGAUAUAAACCUGCAGACUACAGUACUAGAUGUCCUGAAAGAAGCCAGUAUUGUGUAUCCCUCAUUGUUAGUGGAAGAAAUUGAAGCUGUGAAGCAUAAACACAGGACUGCUGCAUAUUGUGAUCGGUUGCUUCAGCACAUUCAGUUGAACAAAGUCAACGAUCAAACAGAAUCCACAUCGCCGCCAGCGCCUGACUCACAGUAGUGUGUGUAACUGACCUACCACCUACUCCUGCCUUAUGAUUUUAUUUAGAAAGUGUAUUUAUUUUACUUCAAAAGAGAAAAAAAAAAAAACACACUUAUGAACUUGAAUUAGAAAUAAGAAGCUGCAUGUAUUGUACAUGAGGAGUUGUUUUUUUAUUGGGACCGCCUGCAUUGUGUAUAAUUAUAUAUUUUUUAAAUGAG